GUGGCAGGCUCUGGGCUGGUCCUGACGGGCUGGCUGCUGGGCUCCGGGCGGAUGUCUGUGUGCGUCAAACGGCGGUGGGGGAUAACUACCAUCAACACUCAGCGUCUCCAAAGGAAAACGCUUAGAGGAGACGCGGGGCGCUAAAAAAUAAAUCUGACUGACCUAACGCUGGCAUCUGGAAAAACACCGACAAGAGAAGGGAGACGAUCUUCCCACAUUCAGCCCCACACCCCGUCGCGAACCCGCCCUGUCUUUUUCCUGUCGACCACUUCGUGCCAUCCCUCCGGUCCGACCACCCCAUAGGAAACCCCUGUUAGACCAGCGUUGCCAUUAAACGAUGGGCUUUGAAUCUGGAAAGAAAUCCUCCCUGCGCUUUUGAUAGACAGCACAACCAGUGCUUUUCAUUUUCAGGCUAUGGAUUCGGGUGUUUACACUUUUUGACGGGUUUCCAGCUGUAACAUAAGAUGCGCAACAUCACCCUGUCAUUCCUUAGUUCGGCUGUAAUUUAAACAACCGGCUGUCUCAUACGCCGAGUUUGAGCUUUUAUGUGAUUUAUUUCUUCAAGCUUGAAAACCACCCCGACAAUGGUCUUAGAACAGACCGCCUCAUUGAACACUUGGUAAUACUCUCUGAAGACCUGUCAUCCGGAUAUUUCGAUUCCACUGGGAAGAAACGCCACAACUGACAAGGAGUUCGGUCCUGUAAAGACUUGGGAAGUUCUUGCUCCGUAGGGAGACGUGGAUUGGACCGGAGACAUCUCGGCAACAUCCACGGGGUUUUCGCUGUAAAGUCUCCCUUUGACAACAAACCGCAGGUGCGACCCGCCCUCCUCGUUCGGCUGCUCCCUCCCUCCUGGUACCUUCUCUGCCUUCUGCCUGGAAUUCCUCCGUGUCUGAAAGCUCUGGCUGGAGGCCAUCGUUGGGAGGUCAGCGGGUUGCAGCCAUGCUUUCACUGGACGAGCCCCUGGACCUGAAACUCCCUCGGCGGGUAAACGGGAAGGACAGGGGAGCACAGUCUCCUCACCACAAGCAGGUUCGCCAGCUGCAUAUGACGGACGAUGGGACAGCAAUUAUAGAACCGGCUUCACCUGCAUCUCCACACUCAGGUGUGCAGUUGGUCCCUCAUGACCGGACUGACACCCCGACCCCCCCUGCGGUGGACCUGAGUAUGUCUCCCUCCUCCCGGCUCACCCCCAGCUCUCCAGAAAUGAGCAACAGCGGUUACCUCCCCUCAGGCAAUUCUCACCUCUCACAGGCGUUUCAGUUCUUUGUGCCAAUUGGUCCUGGAGCAGGACUGCACCUGCCAUCCUCUAUGUUCCUUGGCCAAACGAGCGACAAGAGGGCUUCUCCUGACCUUUCAGCAGAUGAACAACUGGCAUGUCACUGGAAAAAGUGCCACCUGCUCUUUGACUCCCUGCAAGACCUAGUGGACCAUGUCAACGACUUCCAUGUGAAACCUGAGAAGGAUUCUGGGUACUGCUGCCACUGGGAGGGCUGUGCUCGCAAAGGAAGGGGGUUUAAUGCCAGAUACAAAAUGCUUAUUCACAUACGCACUCACACCAAUGAGAAACCACACCGCUGUCCCACCUGCAACAAGAGCUUUUCACGCCUGGAGAACCUCAAGAUACACAACCGCUCACAUACAGGUGAAAAGCCCUACAUUUGUCCUUAUGAGGGCUGCAACAAGCGGUACUCCAACUCCAGUGACCGCUUUAAGCAUACACGCACACAUUAUGUAGACAAGCCCUACUACUGCAAGAUGGUAGGCUGUUUGAAGCGCUACACAGAUCCCAGCUCGUUGCGAAAGCACAUCAAAGCGCAUGGCCACUUUGUGGCUCAGGAGCAGGGCUCCCCAGGUGGGGUGGGCUCUCUGCUGAAGGGAAGUCAAAGUGGAGGGCCUGCCACCAUUAGCAGUAAGGAUUCAGAAUUGCCCUAUGUCAGCGGAGCUCACAUCAUCAUUCCCGCAGCAGCUGCCGCUCUUCUGAGAGGCCACGCCUUGCAGGGUGUUGGCGGUGCCCUUCCCUUGUCCCCUCUCAGCCCGAGACCCUUGGACCUUACCACACUGGGGAUCCCCAAUUCUUCUCCAGCCAGCCUAGGAGGCACAUCCAUUUUGUCCUUUAACAGCUCCCCUCUGGGCCUGGCCAAGGCUCCUUUACUCUCCCCAGCCUUCCCUUCCUCAGCCCUUGGCUUACCAAUAGUUCCGGUACUAGGCCCCACUUCGGAGCACAGGCCCCAGAGCCACCAGGCAAAAAGAGGCAGAGGAGAGGAAGCACAGAAUGAAAUGGCUGGGAGGGUCCUAAACCUCUCCACAGGUGGGUCUCAUGAUCCCUUAUCCUGGGUGGUCAUACCCCCAGGUGCUGUGGUGCUUAAACCAGCUGUGGUUAACUGAUAUAUACAGACCCUCACGCCCACACACACAUUCCAGAAGAGCUCAGGGGGUUGAUGCCAUAGCGAGGGUAUGAGAUGUCAAAGGUGACGGGGAUUGGCUUGACCAAUCAGUUCUAGGCAAUGCAUUAAAGUAGAAGGAUGAAAAAAGAAACUUGUCAAAGCAAACACAUCACCUCACAGAAUUUAAGAAUACAACGCAAGCCUCUUGUAUUGUUGGAUAACUACACUUGAGGCCCAAGAAAUGUGUUCAGGAAUAUGUAUGGUCCUGGAUUUGUAUCACAAGGCUCCUCUUUGCUUUCUUAUUUUAUACUUUACUCAUUCCGGCUGGUUCUGUGGACUGGGACCUUAAACGUGACAGUUUUAAUGCUCUGUGUUUUUACAUAAUUUCCUACUUCAUCAUUAGUAUUUAUAUAAUUGUACUUUGACAAAGCACCUCCAGCCUAGUGCUGAGAUACAGCGCCUUACAAAAGUAUUCACACCCCUUGAAGUUGUACACAUUUUACCACAUUACAAGUACUUCAAUGGAUCCAGCAGUUGAGAUUUCCACAAAGCAACUGUCUUGCUAAUGAAUAACUAAAUGUGUGGCAUGUAUUUGUAUUCAGCCCUGUUUACUUUGAUACCCCUAAAUAAAAUCCUGUGCAACAAAGUACAUUAGUAUAAAUAAAGUGGUUCUGUAAAGGUCUCAUAGGUUUG